AUGUCUCGCAAUCCACUGUUGAUCCGUUCCUCCCCGGCCCUGGGGACUGGCUCAUAUGGUGCCGUUCCUGUGAUGAAUGCUCAGUUGGGGGACGAAACAAGUUCCGAGGACGAUGGUGAUGGCAACCCUGGGAGAGGAGCCAAUGUUAAAAGUCGUGGAAAGAGGAGACAAUCUGCUCAUGGUACGUCCGACGACCAUGGCCACUUUGUAGAUCCGCGGCACCGCCAUCGAAGCACCGAAUGGCUGCGAAAGCGCUCUUCGUCCAUAACGAGUGAAGUCGGUAUGGGUUCGGAUGCUAAGGCAUCCUUCGCAGUCAACCCCGCCAUUGCAGAGCACAAGGCUGAGUCGUCGAAUGCGAGCACCCGUACAGGUAGUGGCUCCGACGCUGAACAUGAUUAUAUGCCCACAGAAGAAGAUCCCCCGGACAAUUCCCCUUACCCAGAGGUCCGAGCCUCCGUCCCGGCGACAGACAAUACCUCUCUAUCAAUAAAUACCCCUCGAAUGUGGACCCUGUCUUUGAUUUUUGCCAUUGGGGGCUCCGCAACAAAUCUUUUCUUUUCGUUGAGAUACCCUAGCGUUGCUAUUACUCCUGUUAUCGCACUCGUACUCGUCCAUCCUCUGGGAAAGUUGUGGGACCUCAUUCUCAAAAGGAGUCACGAUCAAGAACUAGAUUUUGUGGAUGGUUCACUUCGAAAGGAUAGCCCGAAAUAUGCUUGGACCACCCGUCGACAACGUCUGCGACUAUGGCUUGCCCAGGGUCGCUGGAACGAGAAGGAGCAUGCAUGUGUUUACAUCAGCAGCAAUGUAUCAUUCGGUUUUGCUUUCGCUACCGAUGUGAUUGUUGAGCAGCACAAGUUCUACAAGCAAGAAGUUCCCAUCCUGUACCAACUUCUACUGACCAUUUCAACCCAAAUCCUGGGCUAUGCAUUUGCCGGUCUAACGAGACGUUACCUGGUUCGCCCGGCCGCAAUGAUCUGGCCUGGAACCUUGAUGUCAACCGCUAUGUUCACGACCAUGCAUAAGAAUGAAAACAAGGUGGCUAACGGAUGGACGAUAUCGCGAUAUAAAUUCUUCGUUUAUGUCUGGACCGCUGCAUUUCUGUGGUACUUCUUACCUGGCCUGCUUAUGCCUGCAUUGAGUUAUUUCAACGUUAUCACUUGGUUUGCCCCCAGAAAUGUCGUGGUCUCGAACCUGUUUGGUGUUGCCUCUGGACUCGGUCUGUUUCCGAUGACAUUUGACUGGGCUCAGAUCGCAUAUAUCGGUUCACCAUUGCUUACGCCUUGGUGGGCAGCAGCGAAUGUGGUCGGAGGCCUCGUGCUGGUCAUGUGGAUCGCAGCCCCUAUUUUAUACUACAAGAAUAUCCUCUUUUCAGGAUACUUGCCAAUUCUUUCCUCUGCAGUCUUUGACAACCGUGGGAAACCCUACGAUGUCAGCAAGAUACUGACUCCAGAAUUUCUCUUCGACAAAAUCGCGUAUGAGAAUUAUUCCAAAGUCUAUCUCCCCAUAACAUACGUCUUGUCCUAUGGAGUCCAGUUCGCGGCACUUUCGGCUUUAAUAACCCAUACUACUUGUUGGCAUGGUAAAGAUAUAUGGCGGCAGUCAAAACAAGCAUUCAACGAGAAACAAGAAGCUUCCGCUGCAGGAUACCAAACCAUUCCAACAUCCGAAGACGAUCACAGCUUGAGGAGACUUGACAGCCAAACUAUUCGUAGCGUCGGUGAGGAUGUUCACCAUCGUUUGAUGAAGCGUUACCAAGACGUUCCCAUGCUUUGGUACCUCUUCACCUUUAUCUCUAUGCUCGCUGUCGGCAUAUUUGUGGUCGAAUAUUAUCCAGUCUACUUGCCCUGGUAUGGCCUGUUAAUGGCCCUUGGUAUCACGACUGUGCUCUUCAUCCCUGUGGGAAUUGUCAUGGCGAUCACCAAUCAGCACAGCAGUUUAUAUCUGAUAUGUCAACUGAUUUGUGGCGUUGUCUUUCCUGGAAGGCCUGUAGCAAACAUGGUCUUUGUUACCUACUGCUAUAUCAGCUCUGCUCAAGGCAUAAAAUUUUCCUCCGACCUUAAACUCGGUCACUACAUGAAGAUACCUCCAAAGCUUCUGUUCAAGGUUCAGAUGGUGGCCACACUGGUCUCAAGCCUGGUACAAAUCGGGGUGCUUAACUGGAUGUUUGUCAACAUACCCGGUAUUUGCACACCCCAAGCCAUCAAUGGUUUCAAUUGUCCUAUUGCACGCGUUCACUUCAAUGGCAGCAUUCUCUGGGGCGUCGUCGGUCCGCAGCGCUUCUUCGGACCAGGAGCACUAUAUAGACCAUUGGUUUGGGCCUUUCUUAUUGGCUUUAUCGCACCUAUAGCUGUUUGGGCUCUGGGCCGGAAAAACAAGAAGAGUGUGUGGAGGAAAGUCAAUUUCCCGGUUUUGUUUGGAAGCUUGAGCUGGAUUCCACCCGCAACGGGUCUCAACUUCUCGAUUUGGGGUGUCGUCUGCUUCGCCUUCAAUGGUGUGAUGCGAAGACGAGCCUCAGGCUGGUGGGGAAAAUAUACUAUGACCAUGUCCGCGGCGCUAGACUCAGGCCUGGCGUUCGCACUUGUUGUGGUGUUCUUUGGCUUCGUCUAUCCGGGUUUCAUGGACAACUUCAAGUGGUGGGGCACAGAAAUAUACAAGCAGGGAUGCGACUGGCAAGCUUGUCCUUGGAUUAGGCUUGAGCCUGGAGAAAAAUUCGGUGAUUGA